UCUGCAGUCUCACUGGUGCCGGGGGUGUGCGCGGGAAAGUGGCCAGUGGGGGCCCCGCCGGGAGCGACGCGUGGCCUGCCCGCCAGCAUGAUCGUGGACAAGCUUCAGGAGGACGGCCGCGGCGCGGAGGGCCUGCUGGACGGCGCGGCCGGAGAGGGGGGCCUCAUGACCAGUCCCCUCAACCUGGCCUAUUUCUACGGAGGUUCGCCGCCGUCCGCCGCCGUGGGGGCGAGCGAGGCCAGCUUCUCGUCGUCCGGCCACUCGACGCCGGGCUCCCCAGGCUCCGACUCCUCCGAUUUUUCUUCCUCUUCCUCGGUGUCCGCGGCCUCCUCCUGCAGCGCCCCGGGAGAGCCUCGGAGCCGAGGGGGCUCCCGCGCGGACCGCGCGCCAGGUGAGCACCAUAUGGCUGGUGGAAGACAACAGAGAGGACCCUUUCAAGGUGUUCGUGUGAGAAAUUCAGUGAAGGAACUCCUGUUGCAUAUAAGAAAUAAUAAGCAGAAGUCUGCUGCACCAGCUGUGGAGGAUUUCAAGGCACAAAGUGUGACAACAGAGCCAUUUACUGCAGAGCUAAAGAAUAUAUUGGCACAUAGUGGAAAAAGAAAGGGGGCUGAUGCUGGUUCUGAUGGACCAGCUUGCAAAAGGCCAGCUGUAUCUUUGCACACGCAGUUUUUGACACCACCUCAAACUCCAACUCCUGUGGAUAGCAUGGAAGAUGUUCAUAUUAAUGAACCUAAACAGAGCAACAAUUCUGAUCUGCUUCAGAACAUUAUGAAUAUUAAAAAUGAAUCCAAUCCUGUUUCUUUGAAUACCGUUCAGUUUAGCUGGAUGAGUCCAGUGGUUCUCAAUCAGAGCUCCCCUAGAGAGCAGUAUCAGGAUUUCCAUGGAGGGCAGACUCUCACUCCACCACAGAAAUACCAAUCAUUCCAAGUGAGCAGUUCCCCACAAAUGAUGGAUCAGUCUCAGAUAUAUCAGUUUUCUUCACCACAGAGCCAGGAUUUGCAACAGCCCUAUGGUCACAUUUCAGUCCCAGAAUGUAGUCCAUAUGCUGGAAAACCUCCUUCUCCUAACUAUGAACCAAAUUUAUUUGAUGGGCAAGAGAUGCUAUUCUGCUCAAGCCAAAGCUUUGCAUCUCUCCUAAAUAGUCCUGGGGAACCGGAGAAUAUUGCUCUUCCCAUUCAGACUUCACCCAGUGCUCAACAGCAGCAGCAACAACAGCAGCAGCAACAACAGCAGCAGCAGCAGCAUAGACACUCAAAUGAGAUUAACAUCCAGAAUUUUAACCUGGGGCCAAGCAAUCCCUGUGAUGUCCUGAGUGGCCAGGAUCUAGGUUUGACACCUUUAAAUGUUUCCCUGCCACUCCAGAAUGUGACUGGAAAUUCAAUGAACACUACUCAGUUAGGAAAGUCCUUUUUUCAGUGGCAGGUAGAACAGGAAGAAAACAAACUGGCUAAUCUUUCCCAGGACCACUUUCUUUCCAAGGAUGCAGAUGGAGAUACGUUGCUUCACAUUGCAGUUGCCCAGGGACGAAGGGCUCUGUCUUAUGUUCUUGCAAGGAAGAUGAGUGCUCUUCAGAUGUUAGAUAUUAAAGAACACAAUGGCCAGAGUGCCUUUCAGGUAGCAGUUGCUGCCAAUCAGCAUCUCAUUGUGCAAGAUCUUGUGAACUUGGGGGCCCAGGUGAACACUACGGACUGCUGGGGAAGAACACCACUGCACGUCUGUGCUGAAAAGGGCCACUCGCAAGUCCUUCAAGCAAUUCAGAAGGGGGCCAUCUGUAGCAAUCAGUUUAUAGAUCUGGAAGCCACCAAUUAUGAUGGUCUGACUGCUCUGCACUGUGCGGUGGUGGCCCACAAUGCUGUGGUUCAUGAGCUCCAGAGGAACCAGCAGCAUCACUCACCUGAAGUCCAAGAGCUUCUUUUGAAGAACAAAAGUCUGGUUGACACGAUCAAAUGCCUAAUCCAGAUGGGAGCCACUGUGGAAGCUAAGGAUCGUAAAAGUGGUCGAACUGCACUUCAUUUAGCAGCAGAAGAAGCCAAUCUAGAACUGAUUCGCCUCUUCUUGGAGCUACCCAGUUGCCUAUCUUUUGUGAAUGCUAAGGCUUAUAAUGGUAACACUGCCCUCCAUGUAGCUGCCAGCCUGCAGUAUCGAGUGACCCAGUUAGAUGCCGUCCGUCUGCUGAUGAGGAAGGGAGCUGAUCCAAGUACAAGGAACCUAGAGAAUGAGCAGCCAGUUCAUUUGGUUCCAGAUGGCCCUGUUGGAGAACAGAUAAGACGGAUCCUGAAGGGGAAGUCUGUUCAGCAGAGAGCACCACCAUAUUAGCUCCAUGUGACCUGAAAGUCUAUAGUCAACACUCACUGUCAGUUAGGCAGUCCUGAAGUAUCUGUAAAUAGACCAUUUGCCUUGUAAAUGGCAAAUGAAAGUUGUUUCUGUGAAACAAAGGCAUUUAGUUCACUAUUAUAUAGUGGGUUAUGUUAAAAGAGAAAAAUUUUUAAAAAUUAUUUCCUCUUAACAUAUUGGAAUUUUAUAUUCCCAGGUGGCUGGGAGUUAAACACUUGGACUUGUUAUUUUUUAGUGGUUAAAUUGACGAGGAGAAGAUUUUUUAAUUUGUUGUAUGAGGCAUUUAUCAGUUUGUUGGGGCCAGUUUAAAAGUGGAUACUUCACCAAAAAACAAUUUUGGGAGGGGGAGGAAUCAAAGCAUUUAGAAGAAAAUGAACCUGAAAAUAUAAUUGUUGCUGCACUUUAAUUAACAUGGUACCACACAAUUAAACAUGCAACAUUAAUAUAGGUGUUUAGCCUUAUGAAUGAUACAAACACACAAAGGUGGUUGAAAUUUGCAGUGUAUAUAUUUGCCCUUUUUGUUCAAAACUAGAUUAAAUGUACAUAUGCUGCUAAGACAAAUUACUACUCCCAUUUUUAAGUGAAUAAAGAUUUUUAAAAGUAAUUUAUUAUCACUGAUACAUAUCUAAAGAAGCUUUUGUUUUUGAACCAACCAGCAAGUUUCUGUAACAAAACUAAAUGGAGUAAUUGGAUCACUUCGAUGGAAGAUAAACCAUGAUUUUGAAUGUGAUAAUGCUGCUCUCAUUCACUGAGCUUCUAAUAAUUCUGCUUGUAAGACCAUACUCUUGAGGAAAGCAUUUCUUUCCUCCAAGGUUUUUUUUCUCAUCUCAGAGGAAUGGCAAAAGACAAAUCAGCAUCAAAACAAUGUUAGUCAACCCGAUUUUUUUCUCUCCUUAAUAAGUGUACUCAUGAUAAUGUAUAGUCAUGUUUUAUAUAUAUUGUAUAGUGAAAAGCUUCCUAUUUUAUUUUUCAGUUAAUUGUUAAUAUACUCUGUUAACACUGCCUGAUCUCCAGGGUGGGGAAUUUAACUUGUACAGCUAUGAUUGCACACUAAUUCUUUCUAAUGGAUUUGAUUCCUUUAAAAAAAAAAUUUAAAAAAUGUUCUUAAAUGAUGGGAAACAUCACAUGUGACUGAUCUUUGUGACUAAUCUAAAUCCCUUUAAAAAGAUAACUUUUGGUUUGAUCACAUUGUUUGACCAAGUAUGUCUUGUAGACAAAAAUUAAUUGUAAACAUUUGGUGUCAAUGAAUGUAGUUGUGAUGCAUAUAGUUAAGUAUACUUUGAAUAACUUUGUAUGAAUUUAAAUAAAAUUAUUCAGUUAUUCUACUUCCU